UGCUUUUUGCUCCGGCGGCGGCGAGCGGCAGCAGGCGGGAGCCAUGGCCACCUUCGUGCAGCUCAACACCCAGGCCAAGAUGCCCAUCCUGGGGCUGGGCACCUGGAAGUCUCCACCAGGGAAGGUUGCAGAGGCUGUGAAGGUUGCCAUUGAUGUUGGAUAUCGCCAUUUCGACUGUGCCUACGUGUACCAGAAUGAGAAUGAAGUUGGAGAUGGGAUUCAGAAGAAAAUCAAAGAGGGAGCUGUGAAACGGGAGGACCUCUUUAUUGUUAGUAAGCUGUGGUCCACCUUCCAUGAGAAGUGUCUAGUGAAGGGAGCCUGCCAGAAGACUCUUGAUGCACUGAAAUUGAAUUACCUUGAUCUAUACCUCAUUCAUUGGCCCUUGGGAUUUAAGGCAGGAGAGGAGCUGUUUCCUGCAGAUGAUAAAGGCAUGCUUAUACCCAGUAAUACAGAUAUUCUGGACACGUGGGAGGCUAUGGAGGAGCUGGUGGAUGCAGGUCUGGUAAAAGCCAUUGGAAUCUCCAAUUUUAACCAUGAUCAGAUUGAGAGAAUUUUGAACAAGCCUGGACUAAAAUAUAAGCCUGCAAAUAAUCAGAUUGAGUGUCACCCAUACCUCACCCAAGAAAAACUGAUCAAGUAUUGCCAAUCCAAAGGGAUUGCUGUGACUGCGUACAGUCCUCUUGGUUCUCCUGACAGGCCAUGGGCUAAACCAGAGGAUCCUUCCCUCCUGGAUGACCCCAAGAUUAAGGAGAUUGCAGCCAAACACAAUAAAACACCAGCACAGGUUCUGAUCCGGUUUCAUAUUCAGAGAAAUGUGAUUGUGAUUCCCAAGUCUGUUACACCACACCGUAUUGCAGAGAACUUUAAGGUAUUUGACUUCGAAUUGACUAAAGAGGAGAUGGAAACCAUCCUCAGCUUUAACAGAGACUGGAGGGUCUGUGCAAUGAGCACGUGCACAAAUCACAAAGACUAUCCUUUCAGUGCUGAGUAUUAACGGUCUCAAGCCAUUCUUCAGAGAUUAAGGAGCGGAACUUUCUUCUCCAUUCAUACCUGUUGAUAUCUAGCUUUCUCACUGCAUUUAUCCCUCUAGUGCCAAUGUAGAUGCAGUGUGUAUGCUCGUUGCUUUGAGGAAGGAAAUUCUACAACAGGUCUGAAGAAUAAAGCACAGAAUAGAGAUGAACAGAGAAUACAGUACUUCACACUCUCUCCAACCACAGUUUUGAAACAGUAUGAACUACGUGAAUGACAUUAGUUUCUGCUCCCAGCUGGGAGUGUCAGAAAGUGUUAAAUCUUUUGGAAGAAUAAUCUUGAAGUCUAUCUUUUCUGUAAAUUCCUGUUGUUUCUGGAAUUUUUGCCUUCACUCCAUGUUGAACUUGAUAUACCAGUUGGUUUCUGAGUCUAGUCAGUUGCUACUUAUGUGUAGCUCUCCUAAACAAUAUCUAGAGUUCUGUUUUUUCACAGUAUAACUGUUUUUUGCUUAUAAUAAAAGGCAAUUUCACUACUACGUGUAAUGCAGUGGCAAAAUAAUUUUCUCAUUAACACAGUAAUUGUUGAGCUUCUGCAUUGGGUGAAAUUAUCUCUAGACAAGAUACAAGAACAUAUCUUUAGUCACGUCUGCAUAGCCUUCAUGCUGUGCUGGGGCAUGCUGCAGAAUAGCUCAGCACCCCUACUCUGUAUCCACCAUAGCCUGAAAAAAUGUAACCUAACAGUCCUUGGAGCAGCACUAGGUGUGCAUCAGGAAGCAAACUUGAUUCUCAGAGCUAAGUGGUGGCACUGGGUACAUGCCAAACAACAGCUACAUUUUUUCGACCAUAGCUUGUGUGGAAUGGGAGUGCUGUACUCCUGGGGUAUCUUCUCCUAUGGUCAGAGGCACUGUAGCUGUGCCUUAUUGUCUACAUACAGAACAGAGAUGGACAAGACACUGACCGGGGCCUGGGGGCCAGGUACAACACCAUGGACCUAGACUAAAGGUCACAUAAGUGGACAGGGCAGAGGCCUGGGGACCUAACAAGGGCCUAGAGGACUGAAGCGGCACAAUACCAAACUGGGGAUGAAGGCCUACUGAAAUAAUUAAUUGGUGAUACCUGUGAGGCAUGGGCAUGGCUUUAGGGACAGUCAGAGACCAUGAACAUAGCCCUUAAGGUAACUGGCGACGAGAGCCACAGACAAUGCAAGAGAGACUAGACCCCUGGGGAUUUUGGGCCGCCUCCCAAUCUUUUCCUUUCUAAAUAACAUCAAAGGUAUGGCAGGAUAAGGAGAAGGUAGGACUCAAGACCCAGAGGAAGGAGGAGCCGCACAGCCUCCAGGGGGUGUCAUAAUCAACCCAGGGGCCUAAUUCUGCUAUACCACCUUUGUUGUACUUAAGCAGUGAUGUGUUUUGGGUGAGCACCUUUUGAUUGCUCCUAUUAAAUUAAUUUGAGAUUAGGUA